UUAAUCUGAAAGGGGAGCUAUCUGGAGAUAUCGAAGGCUUGUCUGAAUUGCAGAUACUGGAUCUAUCAUACAACAAAGGCUUGACAGGUUCCCUCAAUCAAUUGAAAGUUUGAAGAGUUUACCGAUUCUGAUCCUUGUUGGUUGCGGGUUUUCUGGACUGAUACCAAACACAAUCGAAUCCCUUAGCCAGCUGGAAUUUCUAUCUUUGAAUUUAAACAACUUUAUUGGAACGAUACCAGCUUCUGUUGGUAAUUUAUCAAAGCUACGUUGGCUGGACUUAGCUGAUAAUAAGCUUAGUGGACCUCUUCCAAUUUCCCAUGGAAGCACACCUGGUUUAGACAUGCUUGUUCACACAAAGCAUUUUCACCUGGGGAGAAAUCAGUUCUCAGGUGAGAUUCCAGAUCAGCUAUUCAGCUCAAAUAUGACUCUCAAACAUUUGCUGCUUGAGCAAAACCAGCUUACUGGAAAAAUACCCCCUUCAUUAGGACUUGUGCAGACUCUGGAGGUGGUUCGUCUUGACAGGAAUUCAUUAGACGGAUCGAUUCCAUCAACCCUCAAAAAUCUCACACUUACGAGUGAACUCUUCUUAUCAAACAAUAAAUUCACUGGCCCCAUGCCCAAUCUUGCUGGCAUGAAUGCCCUCAACUACUUGUAA